AUCGCCGAGGCGGCUCCAGUGACCAUACCCAGGGAGGCUGUUUAAGCGCACCACCCAUCUAAGAGCCCGUUUGCCACGAGAGUUAUUUUCCCAACUGCCCUUCUUCUCAUCUGUCCGACUGUCUCUGAAAUAUUUUUAACUCAUCCAUACACUUCACCUUGGACAUUGUGUGCAGAACUGCCCCAAGUCGCCGGCGUUCUCUGAAAAGAACCCCUCCUCUCAUCUGAUCUUUCACCCACGCCUCCAUACCACGCCACGCCGUCAUCUCAACAGCCAUGCCUGACCAAAUUCUCGACGACAUCUCCCACCGGAGGUACAACCCGCUGACGGAUUCCUGGCUUCUGGUUUCCCCUCACCGAACAAAGCGACCCUGGCAGGGACAGCAAGAACCUGACAUCGCAGCUGAGCUGCCUGAAUACGACCCGAAGUGCUAUUUGUGCCCAAGGAACGCGCGUGCGGCGGGCGAUGAGAACCCAGACUAUGAAAAUACGUUUGCCUUUGUCAACGACUACAGCGCCGUCAAGGAGCAGCAGCCCGACUAUGCGGACGAAGCCUCUUCUGAUGACCUGGAAUCUCUCCUUCUCAGGGCGCAGGGUGUCAAGGGAGUGUGCUAUGUCCUCACUUUCUCCCCAAAGCACCAUCUCACUCUAGCCGACAUGCCUGGAGAGGAGAUCCUUCCCGUUAUCGAGCACUGGACGCGCAUCUACGCCAACCACCUCUCCAAAUCGAACCCGCUCGCCGCUGCAGCCGAAAAGCUCACCCUCUCUCUACCUAAGGACGCUGCCCCGUCCCCCAAGGAGGAUUACAGGUACAUGCAGAUCUUUGAGAACAAGGGCGCUGCCAUGGGUUGCUCAAACCCCCACCCCCACUGCCAAGUCUGGACGACGUCCACUAUGCCCGAGGAGCCUGGAAAGGAACUCGUGCAGAUGACCAAGUACCGCGCUCAACACGGCGGCCGACACCUGCUGGAGGACUACGUCAAGCUGGAAUUGGCCAAGGAGGAGCGUGUUGUCUGGCAGAACGAGUCGUUUGUGGUCGUGUGUCCUUGGUGGGCUGUCUGGCCCUUUGAGGUUCUCAUUCUCCCCAAGCGCCAUAUCCGAUCCCUCGUCGACUUCAAGGAUGAGGAGAGACUCCAGUUUGCCGAGGCGAUCCAGGAAGUGACCAGGAGAUACGAUAACCUGUUUGAGUGCAGCUUCCCCUACAGCUCCGGACUCCACCAAGCACCUCUGGAGGGAACCGCUGAGGAGAUUGAGAACGCGUACUUCCACAUGCACUUCUACCCUCCUCUGCUGCGAUCCGCUACCGUCAAGAAGUUUUUGGUCGGCUACGAGCUCAUGGCCGAGCCCCAGCGAGAUAUUACCCCUGAACAGGCCACUCUCCGAUUGCGUAACUGCGGAGGAGAGCUCUACCGAAACAACUCGGCACAAUCUUGAGAACAAUUAGAUAGAAUAAACC